CCGCCCCCGCCCACCGCGCCCCCUGGCGGCCAGCCUGGACACCGCGGCCACCCGCAGGCGGCCGCCCUCCUCCCGCCACAGUGGAGGGUCAGCGGGGAGGUCACUGCCCGGAGGCUGCGUCGGCCUCCGUCACUGGACGGAGCGUCCGCACGACAGCUCAGGCCUGCACUGCCGGAAGGCAAAUAGCGCCUCCCUGUCUUUCGGGGCCACAGACUCAACCUCCCAAGAGCAGUGCAGCUGAACGCCCACGUGCCCUUUUCCACGCUGUGCCGGGAGGCCACAGCCCCACGCUCGGGCGUCACGUGGCCCCGCGCCAUCUCCGUGGUCGCACGCCUGCCGGGCGGCCGCGCGCCUCCGUCCAGUGCCCAUCUCCCCGCACUGACAACUUCCUACACCCCGCUUCACUCGUCCACAGUGGCGAAGCUCCUGACCACCAGGCGUGUCCACACUCCAUCUGGGAGGGCAGCACACCCAACCGCACCCUUCUUGGCCGGGCCUUCCAGAGCUCGCUGGAGUUCCUAACCAGGUGCACGCGCCGGUUACCAGUCCUGUCCCAGAAAACAGAAGACCUCCCCCGGCUGCUACAAAGGCUUUCCCCCAAAACUUCAGAACAUCAUGGCUGCUCACCAUUUUUUCAGGCAAUCCCAAGGCAAACCGGGACUUUAAAACACCAAAGGAGGCCAACAAGUGCAAGGGGGAGGCGGGAAGUGAAGGCCUUUCAAGGUUCUGGCUUCCUCAUGUGCCCACAGCUCAAAGACCAUCCCGAUUCAAGAGGAAAGUCCAGUUAGACUGGGGAGACACCUAGUGGACAAAUAAAAACCACAGAAACAAA